UGCGAUGGAGAACGCCACGUUCCAUCUCCCCUUCAACUUCAGCACCAACUCCUCGAACUCGGACUGCAGUAGUGAAGACAACCCGUACAGGUGCAAAUUCGACGAGGAGUUCAAGUACGUCCUCCUCCCCGUCUCCUACGGCAUCGUCUUCGUGGUGGGCCUCUGCCUCAACCUCUUGGCGCUCUACGUCUUCCUCUUCCGCAUCAAGACUUGGAAUGCCUCCACGACGUACAUGUUCAACCUGGCGGUUUCCGACACCCUCUACGUCAUCUCGUUGCCCCUCCUGGUGUACUACUAUGCCGUCGGGGACAAUUGGCCUUUCAGCGUGGCCUUGUGCAAGAUCGUCCGCUUCCUCUUCUACACAAACCUCUACUGCAGCAUCCUUUUCUUGCUGUGCAUCAGCGCCCAUCGGUUCAUGGGGGUCUGCCUCCCCCUAAAGUCCCUGGAGUGGGGCCAAGUCCGCUACGCCCGCUGGGUGUCGGGCAUCGUCUGGCUGGUGGUCAUCGCUUGCCAGUCUCCGGUGCUCUUCUUCGUCACCACCAGCGCCCGGUGCGACGCCGUCACUUGCCACGACACGUCGGCCAAAGAAUUUUUUGGCCAGUUCGUCGUCUACAGCACGGUGAUGCUGGUGCUGAUGUUUUGCAUCCCCUUCCUCGUUAUCAUCGUCUGUUACUGCCUCAUGGCCCGCAAGCUGCUCCAGCCGACCCGCGGCACCACCCGGAUGUCCAGCUCCAAGAAGAAGUCGGUCAAGAUGAUCGUCAUCGUCUUGGUGGUCUUCAUCGUCUGCUUCUUGCCCUUCCACGUCACGCGCACGCUGUACUACUAUUUCCGCAGCUGGGACCUGAGCUGCGAGACCCUCAAUGCCAUCAACUUGGCGUACAAAGUCACCCGGCCGUUGGCCAGCACUAAUAGCUGCCUGGAUCCCAUCUUGUACUUUCUCGCGGGGCAAAGGUUCGUGAAAUUUGCCUGCCCCAAAACUCCGGCGCACGGGGGGAACCAGGCAGACUCGGACAGCACAGCCAACUGUCACACGCGGGCCAAAAAUGCUCUCGCCAUGAAGGCUAAAAGCCUGGUGUCCUAGCCAGUUACAUUUCUGACCUCGGUGGAAAUGCCAAGUGUUACCUAUCGAUGAUGGUAGAGGUUCCGUAGAGCACAGAAGGGAGUUAUGUGUGCAACUCCCGAAACAAGGGAAGUGUAUUUUCUUCAGACCUGUGCCGUGGUACAACAGGGGUAUCUACGUCAUUUUGCAGUGGAUUUUUCUUUUUUUGGAAGCUAUAUUCUGUGAAGUAUAUUGUCUAACAGUCUGCGUAAAGCUGUGGAGAAAGGCA